CAUUCAGUUUUUUAAAACCGAGGGAAAAAUGGCUCCAACAGAUAGCACUAAAAUUGUCGACUCUCAAGAAAAUAACGAAGGAGAAAUGCCGGAAGAAGUUCCAAUAGGAAAUAAGAACUUUAACGCUGGAGGUCCUAUGCCUUUUGGAAAAGAUAUGAUUGAUGCGGCCAUGGGUCUGCAAGAUCUAUUCAAUGGCUUUCAGAAUAGUCAAAUUGUACAUACUGCAGUCGUUUUGAAGAUUAACGAUAUUAUUGGCGAUGGAGAGUUAGCUGCGUGGGAGGUUGCUGACCGUCUGGAGUGUUCAGUAAAGUACAAGCACAGAGACGAAUUGGUGAGCAAUGUUUCAAGGUUGUUGAAUGCUUGUGUAUCCUUAAAAGUUUUGAAAAAGACAAACGCUUCAACCUAUAAGAAUACAGUCUCUGGUCAUUUAUUGAAGGAUAAUAAGCUUCCUUUCAAUGACCUUUUCCAUUUCAUGCCAGUGCUUUAUAGAGCAUUCGGUCGCUUGGCAUACAAUUUUUCCCGAGGAGAAUCGAACGAUAGCAUAUUUGAUGAUAAAGGUAUGCUUAAACUUGUCGAAGUAAAAGAAGUGAAUAAUCAAGAAACGAUCACAAGAAAGUUUGGCACAGUAAUGAGUAAGAUGACAAGUAUGGAUGCUAAAGCUAUUUUACAGAACCCUAGAGUUCAGAAUCUCCUAAAGAAUAUCGAUGUCUGCUGCGAUAUUGGUGGUGGAAAUGGAACAUUAGCAAAAUGUCUUGCAAAGAAAUAUCCAUCAACAAAAUUUGUCGUAUUCGACAAGUCUUUUCCAAUAAAUUGCACUACAAAAUCUGAUCAACCUUCGACGAACCUAAAAUUUCAAUCGGGUGAUUUCUUCGAUAAAUCAACAAUUCCAGAAGCUGCAAUCUACAUAUUAAGUCACGUUCUUGUAGAUUUUGGAGAUCAAAUGGGACGCAAACUACUGUCUAAUCUCCAUGGUUGUCUAAAAGAAGGUCAAUCUGUUCUUAUUUUGGAAAAAAUUCUUCGAGACGAUAAGAGCGGACCAACAGAUGUCGUUCUCUACGAUAUGGGUAUGAUGGCUUUACACAAGGGAAGAGAGAGGACGAAAAGUGAAUAUUUCGAUAUGAUCUACCAAGCUGGCUUUUCUAAAUGUGAAUACAUAAGCAUGGGGAAAAGCUCAAAAAGGGAUAUAAUAUUAGCAACCAAAUAAUACUCAAUAGUAAUAAUUUACGUAUUUUGUUAAUUAGUUACAUUUGUUUCCCUAAUUAUAUUCACUUGAGUCAAUAUUAAUAUGAAUAAAUUUGUUAAAAAAUCUUUUUUAAA